CUAUUGUUCACACAUACUGGUCAAAGGAAGCUACUAGAACUUACGUGACUCUUACGUUUCCAUUACCCUCGGUUCCUUAUAAAUACAUACAAAUGCCAACAUUCUCUCCAUAUACUCCAUCAAGUGAUACAACCUCACAAUUAAACGGCUUCUCAAGCUAUCUUCAUCGCUUCUUAAACUUUCACAAAGAAGAAUCUUUUUAUUAGUGACUGAUCUUAGUUUGGUUCGUAGAGGAAAUGAUGAAAAUGGGAAGCCUAAAGUUCUUGGGAGCUGCUUUCUUGUUCUUGGUUAUUUUUGACAUAUGUUUAGCAGCUAGAUCACCAAGAGCUCUCGGUAGAGGCGCUGGUUCAGGUUCUGGUUAUGGUUCGGGAUCCGGGGGAGGCAAUGGUAGAGGAGGAGGUGGCGGCGGCGGUGGUGGUGGUGGUGGAGGAGGAGGAGGAGAAGGAUCAGGUUCAGGGAGUGGCUACGGUUCAGGAUAUGGGUCCGGUAGUGGUUACGGGUCUGGAGGAGGAAACGGUGGUGGUGGGGGUGGAGGAGGUGGCAGAGGUGGUGGCGGUGGAGGAGGUAACGGAGGUUCCGGAUACGGGUCAGGUUAUGGAAGCGGUUCUGGAUAUGGGAGUGGUGGUGGUAGAGGCGGAGGAGGUGGCGGUGGAGGGGGAGGAGGAGGCGGUGGUGGUGGUGGUGGUAGCCGUGGAAAUGGAUCAGGCUAUGGAAGCGGAUACGGUGAAGGAUAUGGGAGCGGAUACGGCGGAGGUGAUAAUUACGGGGACUCGCCAUAAAUGCAUUCUUAUUGAGACAUAAGCUUAUUUUUACAUGAUAAUAAUGAGGUGACAGAUUCUUUAUCGUCACAUAGACAUGCUUAUAUAUUAUGUUGAGUCUUCUUUCGUUAUUGAAGAGAGAGAUUAUAUAGUUUCCAUUGUCAAUAAACAUGCAUAUUUCCAUGCACUAUAUAUACAAUUCUUACGACAUGUAUACAUCAGUUUCUACUAUUCAUUUUAUGAAAUACUUUGGAAUUUGGAUA